GCUGCCUUUUUCCUCCUUCAGCAGUACUGUUGUUUCUUGGUCCGGCGAUGGUUGGGCCUGAUGCUGUUCGAUCCGGUCGACGCCGUCGGGGCCGCCCUCCUGGGAUUCGGGCGGCCGUUAUUGCCUGUGUGCGCCGCGCCGGCAGUCGCCUUUCUGCUGUGGAUUCGUCGUCGGCGAUGGCAGCCGCUGGUGGGUGUGGCCGGCUAGCUGCAGUUGAUUUGGGUUGCCGCCCUCGGUCUGCUACUCGCCGGCCGUUUCGUUCUUCUUGGCCUGGUUCUGCUAUUAGUGUGGGUUCUUCUUCAGCGGUUGACGGGCUUGCUUCGGCUGUUCUGCACGGUGGUGCGGAUGGGGCGCAGGCGGCCAUGGUUGAACGGCAACCCGCUGUAGCUGGAGCACUGGGACGAGCUGGACGUGGUGGCGUGCGGCCCCGGAGCCGUGCGCGGUAUGUAGCUCCUUGCCAGAGACGGCAUGUAGUUGUAGCUGUACUGUGCUGAUUCUUCUUGGUUGCCGAUGUUACCACCCCGCGUCGGUGUGGCCCUACCCGAUCAGCCUCCGCCACCUUCAUGUUUGUGAAGCCGCGGAUAAGAUAUGCCGCCGUUCGCGAGGACACCACUUCGCGUACAAGCAGCUGUACAAGGCCACCGAUGGGUUUCAAGAACAGGCAGUUGCUGGGCAUCGGCGGCUUCGGUAGGGACAAGAGGGCGUGCUCCCAAAGUCAAAUCAUAUCGCGGUGAAGCGGGUGUCGCACGACUCCAAGAAGGUGAAGCGGUUGGAUCGCCAAUGGAGAAGUGUUCCGAGCUCCUCGAUCGUUCCCGGCAGCGGUGGCGGGCUGGCGUCGACCACUACAGCGGACGGGGACGCGGGCCAUCAGCCCCUGCAGUUGCUUCUCCGGCAACGACCUGCGAGUGCGAGGCUGCGAGUACGGAGCGGCGGUGGCGGCCCACAACACGCCUAGGAGAUGCUCCUCACGACCGGUGGCCAGAUCGCCGAUGGAGCAGUGUCCUGACCUCCUUGGUGAUUCCCCGGGGCGGUGGCGGCGACCACUACAGCGGAGGCGGGACAGGGGCUUCGGGCCAGACAAUGUAUGCGUACAUCUCCGAUGCCAGUCUUCCUGCGCUGUCGGGCCGGCAACUCUGUAUUUGUGAUCGGUGGUACUCAACACGUGCGGGGGUGGACUGCUCCGGCCAGACGGGAUUGCCGUUUGUUGGCCGGCGCAUGGCGCUGCUCCCUGCUCCUUGCGUUACACCUUGCAGUUGUCGCCGGCAGCGCGGCUCUAAUUUCACUGCAGAUAGUUUCACUUUCUGGUUUGCUUACAGUUUUGGCGAACGGAUAGGUUUUCCUCUGUUGUUUGUUGUAAAUGAGUGAAAAUGCGUUAUAUCAAUUAGAGGGGGGUGAAUAGG